AGUGACCAUCCUGGCUCUGUCAUUCCUCCACAUCUCAUCCCUAGCAGCCCUCACUCAGACAUCAUGCCCCCCAAGAAGCCAGAUCCCAAAAAGGAGGCCCCCAAACCGGCAGCUGCUGCUGCUGCACCAGCACCUCCUGCACCCGAGCCACCAAAAGAGGUUCCAUUUGAUCCAAAAAGUAUCACUCUGGAGUACACCGCUGACCAGAUUGAAGAAUUCAAAGAGGCCUUCCAGUUGUUUGACCGUACUCCAGGUGGGGAGAUGAAGAUCACAUAUGGGCAAUGCGGAGAUGUUUUAAGGGCACUGGGACAGAACCCUACUAAUGCAGAGGUCAUGAAAGUUCUAGGAAGACCCAAACCAGAAGAACUAAACACCAAACUCGUGGACUUUGAAACCUUCCUUCCAAUGCUCCAGCACAUCUCCAAGAAUAAGGACCAAGGCUCCUUUGAGGACUUCGUAGAGGGACUUCGUGUUUUUGACAAAGAAAGCAAUGGCACUGUGAUGGGAGCAGAAUUGCGCCACGUCUUGGCCACCUUGGGUGAGAAACUGCAAGAGAAUGAGGUAGAACAGCUCCUGGCAGGACAAGAAGAUGCUAAUGGAUGCAUUAACUAUGAAGCUUUCAUCAAGCACAUCAUGGUGGGCUGAAGAUAAUAGGGUUUAUCCAAACUGUCCCCCCAAUCAACUACCCUGUCUGACUCUCCAGUGAAGAUCCUGGCAACCUAUCAGUGCUGUGUAAGAGGCUCCUUUCAGCUGUGAUUAUCCCGGAGUUCUUAUACAGACUCAUGUCCAAUAUUGAAGUUCUAUAAACAGUUGUAAAUUAUUUCAGGACUUUUUCCCCUGGUGAACGUUCACCAAAUAAAAAUUUCACAAACAAGAAAAAAAUUAAUAAAUGUGAUUUCUUUAUGUAUAAUUCCAUGUUUUAUGUUACACAGAAAUAAAUAAGGUUAUACCAGCA